AUGAAGAAGGCAGUGCCAAAGCGCUUCUUGACCCGCCGGGACAAGCACGCCCAAAGUCGUGGAAAGUCGGCCGACCCUGCGCACAAGCACCGUCCCUUUGCCCCCGACGCCUUCUUUGCCCUCUUUCGACCGACUGCAAAGCAAGCCGAAAAGGACAAGGAGAACCAACAAGAUGAAUCGGCCAAGAUUGACGAGGUUAUCAAGCGACUUGCCGAACUCGACAUUGAAAAUGUGCGCAAGGAUCAUGUCACAUUUGCUCUACACUCCCAGUUCGCUGCUGGCGACGUGGACAAGGCUGUCGAGAUCAUGCAACUCCAGAGGAAGACAUACUCGGGCACCAUCAUUCCCUAUGAUCCCAAUGUUCACAUGGUAGGAGCAGUCAAUCGGGGAAUGGUCACAUGUUACCUCGACGCUCUGCUCUUUGCCAUGUUUGCCAAGCUGGAAGCUUUUGAGUGCAUGCUGACCACCGAGCUCUCUGGCGAGCCGCAAAAGAGGCUGGCUGGGCUUCUGAGAUUAUGGGUUAACCUGCUGCGCAGCGGGAAACUGAUACAUACCGACAUGACAGAGUUGAUUCAGGAGGCGUUAGGCGACUGUGGUUGGCAUGAUGCCCGGCUGGUAGAACAACAGGACACGUCCGAGGCAUUCGCCUUCAUUACCGAAACCCUCCAGUUGCCUCUACUGCCUCUCCAGGUCGACCUGUUUCACCAAGGCAAGAACGAUGAAGCGGACCACAAGGUUGUCUAUGAGAGACUGUUGAAUCUCGCUGUGCCCCCUGAUACCGAUGGAAAGGGGAUCGACUUGGAGGACUGCCUUGAAGAGUACUUCAACUCAGAAGUCCAUGUCCACCGUGACAGCUUAGAUGAUCGCAAGGGAGGUCUAAGAGCUACGUUGACGCCAAUUCCCCAAACGCCGACUCCUGCGGAUAUGCCUUCUACGCCCAAGAGCACAAUCAGACUCGUCCAUGAGGACGAGAAUCAGAACCAGGACCAAGAAUCACAAGAUGACAAGCCAUCAGCGGCUCAGACUGAAGUAGCCGACGAAACGCACAUGAACCCUUUGGCACGGAGGUGGACUGAGAACUCGGCAUCCAGACCAUCUACAUCACAGGGACCAUCAUCCCCUACACGGCCAAAUCGCAGCAGGACAGAAAGCAUCAUACAACGGGUUGUCCUUGAUAACAAAGACAAGUCCACGGAAUCAGAACCCGCAGGACUUUUUCAGAGAGCCAAACGAACUGCGUCAGUCGUCAAGGCAGUAACAAUACCUGCCUGGCAAUUCUUCCGGCUCAUUCCAUGGCACUCCCCUGCAGGCAAGGACCCAGUGAAUGAUCUCGAGGUUGCGCGACACUUUAGCCAACGCCCAGUCGUCGGUAUCUGCCUCAAGCGAUAUAUGGUUGAUGAGAAUGGUGUGCCUAGACGACAAAACACCUAUAUCGAUAUUCCCGAUAGUCUUAGACUGCCUCAUUUCAUUGUUGACGAACGUCACGUGGAAGAGAGUGGAUUAAGCCAGGAGUACAAACUGGUGCUGCAAUCAGUUGUCUGUCACCGGGGAGACUCUUUGCACUCUGGGCAUUACAUUUCUUUUUGCAGAGUAGCACCGAAACUGUUGACGGAUAAUCGCAAACACGAUAGUGAUCCCCCGCCCGAUUACGAGGAGGCGCAGUGGGUCAAAUUUGACGACUUGGAAGCCUCGAGCCGCAUUACUCCCGUGGACGACAUCAAGCAAUCGCUCAAGGAAGAGAUGCCAUAUCUGCUUCUGUAUCAAAUCGUGCCCAUUGUCGACGUUACGGCAAGCUCUGCGGACGAGAAUGAGACCGAACCCCCAUCAUAUGACGACACGGCACUUCAGCUCAGGAUUUCACAAGCGUCAGAAAGACCUGUGAUCUCGAGAAGAGCCAGCAGCUAUUUUGAUAACCUCAGCACGUUACCGUCGACCAAUGCUAGUGUUCGCUUCUCAGCCGAGCUGGAACGGCCACCCCGACGCAGCUUUGCUGACGAGGACGGUUUUCUCAAUGUAUCUCGUCGCGGAAGCUGCGCCAUUGAUUCAUCUGCCGGCCCCAGUCCCAUUGGCACACCAUUAGAAGCUCCCGGUGAAGAGACCACAGCACAACGUCUGAGCCGCGCUGCCGCCAAAUUUCGAAGCAGUGGCAGCAAGAGCAGACCCCAGAGUCAGGCGGGCGAGAAUCGCAUCAGCCUUACCAUGUCCCGAUUAAGCGGCCUCGUGCGGGCCAGCAAGGAGCCUCUCCGAGAACCAUUACGAGAUGAUUUAUUCAGCGACCCUGAUGAUUUCGAGGUCAUUCACCACCCGAAUGGCGCGACCACUAGCGAACUUGAGAAAGAGCCAGAAGAGUCCAAAGACAAGCACAAGGAUAAAGAAAAGGAUAGUAAGAGGGGUAGAUCCAAGGGUAGACUCGACAAGGGCAAAGCAAAGGAAAAGACUCGCAAAGAUGGCGACGUACCGGAUAGAGAGUGCAUCGUUCAGUAG